AGAGAAGCGUCAUUAUGCUUCUAAUUCUCCGUGGUCUUGUGGUGGCUGUAGUACUGAUAUUGGCUCUUGGAGUUGAGUCGGCAUAUUCCUGCCGGAGCCUUCUCGAACCUCUCCUCAACACCGCCACCACUACUACUCCUGCAGUACGCAAGUUUUUGACGCCGCCGUCACCGCCACCGGAAGGAACCCCGACGAUUAGCCUUUGC